AUGCCAGGCACACUUCAGGCACCACAGCCCAAUGGCGACGUACCUUCGCGCCGUGGAGUCUACCUCCUCACACACCCUCGCUCGGCAUCCAAUCUCUUCCAGACCAUGAUGGCCAAGCAGCCUGAGUACCAGAACUCUGGCUACAAACUUUUUGAGGCUGGUUUCGCUACCUUGACAGAACUUGAGAAGGGGAAGCUGAGCGAGUGGCCGGAGGAAGAGCGAGAGAAGUUGUAUGAGAGUUUCUGUACGGCGUUUGGCAAGUUGGAGGAUGAGUUGGACGAUUGUGCGAAGAAUGGUAAACAAGCCUUCGUAAAAGAGCACACCAUCUUCCUCUCCGCCCCCGACAAAAUCUUCUCCUCCGUCUAUCCAGAGGAUAACCCGCCUUCUCUAACCGUCCACCAACGCGGUAGUGACCCUCACAAUGGCAUCCACACAAACCCCACAUCUGUCCCGGACUCCGUCCUCCUCUCCCUCCAACCCAUCUUCCAGAUCCGCCACCCCAUCCUAAUGUUCCCCUCGAUGCUCCGCGCGCAAAAAGAUUGGAAGUCCGACGCCCGCCCCCGCUCUCUCUACUGCCAGACCACCCUCACACUCAAGCACUCCCGCGCCCUGUACGACUGGUACGCCAAGCACGGAUCCAAAGCUGGCAUUACCCCUCGCGUCAUCGACGCCGACGACAUCAUGUCUAACCCUGCUGCCGUCAGGCAGUUGUGCGAGCAGACGGGGUUGAGUGCAGAUGCUGUGCAGUAUGAGUGGGAAGAGAGAAAAGUUGAAGAUCCGCUCAUGGCGAGGUUCCUAAGCACAAUUAAUGCUAGUAAGGGGAUUAAACCGGGGUUGGGCGCCAAGGGCAAGACUUUGGAGGUGGAGAAGGCCAAGUGGGUGGAAGAGUUUGGGGAAGAGGAUGCGGAGGAUCUCGCGAGGUUUGUGAGGGAUGCGACCGAGGACUAUAAGUACCUACAUAGCCGGAGGACUGUGGGUGAUGGCGUGGAGGCGUAA